ACCUUAUUCAUAUUAUGGUGAACUGAGUUAGGUGGAUAAAGGCGUACGUUCUGAGAUAAUUCGUUCCAUUCUUUCAGAGCGUGCGAAUUGGCCUUUUAUGGCAGCACAAUCAGCAAUUGAUAUGGAAGUCUUUUCAAAAGGUGACCUUUUUCAAAAAGUAAUUGAAGUAUAUUCACGACCAACAAGGAUUAUUCGUGGAAAGGAUAUUGAUGCUGAUCUGGAGGUGACUGAGACUGCCUUUGAACAUAAUGAAGAGCAAGCCUUGUGGAAUACAUAUUUGGCAGUGGCAACAGAAGUUCAUACUGGUGUUGACAUAAACACAUUUCUGAAAGCCUCUUUGCAAUUGAUACAGCCACUUGAAGAUUUCUUUGAGAGUGUUUAUGUUAUGACGGAUGAUCUGAGGGUCAGGAAUAACAGGCUUGCGCUUCUGAAGAGAAUUGCAGAUCUACCCAAAGGGAUUGCUGAUCUCUCAGUUUUGCCUGGCUUCUAGACGUUCAUGCUUCCUGCUGCUGUUAUAUUAAUUGUUCAUUAUUUAAUAAUUUCAUAAUUAUUUUUUUUCCUUGCUUAACAAUUUCGUUUAUUUUUUUUCCCAAUUAUAUGAUCUCUCAUUUUGACGGCAAAUUAUUGCAUCCGGUCACCGAACGCGGAGAUAGGUUCGGAUAUUAAUAAAAUAUUAUUUUAAAUUAAGUGUAGGAAAAGCGUAGGUAAAGCGCAUGUAAAGCGCAGGUAAAAGCGAAGUCAAAAGCGCAGGUAAAGCGCAGUCAAAGCGCACCUAAAGCGCAGUCAAAAGCACAGGUGACGUGACAUGUUUUUAUUAAAUGUCCGAACCUAUUUUGCGUGUCCGGUGACCGGAUGCAAUAAUUUGCCCAUUUUGACACCCUGAAAUAUUAUAUAUAUAUAUAUAUAUAUAGGACUAUGCAUAUCCGCUGUUAAUGUGCUUUUCAUGUUGUCAAAUUAUUUAGCUAUUCUUAUUUAUUUAGGAAUUAUGUAUAUUCUAGUUUGUUU